AGGACUGUUUCUUCUCCCCGCUGAUGAGUACAGCAGCUGUUCGCGGACAUGAAGCUGGAGGUUUUCUCUGUCGCCACGAUGCCGCCGGACUCGCCACUGUCCGGCGAGGACGAGCUGGGCUCGGACGGAGACUUCGCCGCGUGCAGUCCAGCAGCGGCAACGACAUUGGCGCCAUCCGAGGACGCGGAGGGGUCGCGCGCCCCAGACAGCAAGCCUAAGGCGUACGCGCGCAGGCCGAAGCCGCCGUACUCGUACAUCGCCCUGAUCGCGAUGGCCAUCAGGGACUCAGGCUCGGGGCGUCUCACUCUGGCCGAGAUCAACGACUACCUGAUGAAAAAGUUUCCGUUUUUCCGCGGCAGCUACACGGGCUGGCGCAACUCGGUGCGCCACAACCUGUCGCUGAACGACUGUUUCCUCAAGGUGCUGCGCGACCCCUCGCGCCCCUGGGGCAAAGACAACUACUGGAUGCUGAACCCGCACAGCGAGUACACGUUUGCGGACGGCGUGUUCCGCCGCAGGAGGAAGCGCAUCAGCAAGAAGCCCGCCAGGGACUCCGGGCCGCGGGAGCGCGCGCUGGACCACGCUCCCAGGGACAGUGCGGGCGCGCGCUUCACCGGCCCCUUCGCCAUUGAGAGCAUCCUCAGCAAGCCGUCGUUCAGGCGCAGGGAACGCGCGGAGGACUACGCCCGACUGACGUCACAAUUCACGCCGUUUCUUGUAAACUGCCCGGCGCUCCAUGCGCCUUUCGCUGCACUCGCGCCGCAGCCGGCCUUUCUGAGUGCGCUGCCGCAAUGCCACGCUCCCUACAGCGCGCCGCCUGAGGCUCCCUAUCACCCCUUCAGAAUCGAGUCUCUGCUGUCCUGAGGAUGCAUACACACAUAUGCGCGUGCACGCGCGCACAUGCACAGCCAGUAUCACACAUGCUAGGUAGUUGCGUGAGAAAGUCACCUCAGAGGCGCCGAGGAGACCAGAAAGCGCACAGACUCUCAGAAUUUAAAGUGUACACACAAAACACAAGAGAUCUCUGUUUGCACGAGAAAGUUACCCACUUACCCAGCCACCCACCUGUUCUGUGCACUUUUCCUGUCGUGGUUUUUGGACGCCGUAGACUAACAGCUCUCCACUUCAUCACUCAGCCAGUAUGUGGAUCAUCAUUGCUGUAUGUGCUGUGCGCUGUGGACGCGCUGAUUCCUGUGUGUUUGGUACUGAUUUCAUUUCCAUUCUGUAAAAUACUGUACGAGAAAGUUUGGUUUAAUAUAUGUGUGUAUUUAAGUGUAUAUAGUUUGUAACAGUGAUGUUGUUGGUCAAACAUCUUUCUUCAUGUGGGUGUAAAUGUGUUUUGGUCGUCGGCGAGCGCGCGCGUUUUAGUUGCAGCGCUGCGGACAGGCCGAGCUGCUGCUCAGAGAGAGAGAGAGAGAUUUCAGACUGGACUUCUGUUAAUAAAGAGAGAGAGAAGCUAAUGCA